AUCGUUGUAUCCUACCAGCAUGCGCAUCAAUGAGCAGGGACGUUUGGUGAUGAAUUUCCGCACCAAAGCUCAUUUCAGGGGUCUGUUUGUUGAGUCUCAUUCUUCAGGCAGAAUCGAAAGAACUGCAACAUCCAUGUCAUCCACGGUGAUUAGUGUGGACCACCCAGGCCUGACCUUUAACCUCACCUUAGUGAGGACUGAGCCCACCUACAACCAGCCAUUCCAGCAAUGGACCUUCCUCUCCGAUUUUGCUAUCAGAGAUUAUUCUGGAACAUACACAAUGAAUUUGAUCCCAUGUACAACGUCUCAGAACAAGGAAUACACGGUUCCACCUGUUUGCAAUCCCAGAGAAUAUCUCACUUUUGAUCUCGACAUUAGAUUUCAGCAAGUGAGCGACCCAGUUGCAGUGGAAUUUAGUCUGAAUACUCAGAUGUUCUUGCUGUCCAAGAAGAGCAUCUGGCUUUCUGAUGGCUGUAUGGGUUUUGAACAGGAGAGUGACGUCACGUUUUCUGAAGGUGACACAAUAUAUGGUCGUGUCAUGGUGGAUCCAGUGCAGAAUCUGGGAGAUUCUUUCUUCUGCAGCAUAGAGAAGGUGUUUCUCUGCACUGGUGCUGAUGGCUAUGUGCCCAAAUAUAAUCCAACUAAGUUUGAAUUUGGCUGUCUCGCUGACUCUCCAUCCUUGCUGUACAGAUUCAAGAUUCUUGACAAGGCCCAGCCAGAGACUCAGGCACGUGUGUUUGGAGAUGUCAGUUUCAAUGCGGUGCUGGCAGUAGACGACCCAUCAGCUGUAUCUCUUGUCAGAAAGUCAGGAUCUGAUGGGUUUAGACUGGACUCUACAGCCAUGUUCCAGGUUGCUGCAGGGCGCGAAUGGUUUAUACACACCAUUUACACCGUUCGCUCCAAAGAGAACACCAACAGGGGCAUUGGGAGACGCAGCCUAGAGUACCACUCUUUUGUUUCCGCUCUGACAUCAUCGGGCACAAAAAGCCAUCGCAGAAAAAGAUCUGCUCACAACAAAAUCCCAGCAGUCGCAGAAGAUAUCGGAGUAGAAAACAACCGAGGGACCAACAUUAUGCAUAUUGCUUUAGACCGCACCAAGAGAAGGUUGAGGGGAUCAGAUGAGUUGUUCCCUGAUGACCGAGAACUUGGUGAGCUGAACACUGACGACCAAGAGGAAAGUCUAGUGAGCAUUGUUGGGGUCCUGGUGGGGCUGCUGCUGACAGUCCUCAUUAUUGUUACCAUUGCACUGGUACUGAAAUCCAGACAAAAGGACGGGAAGGAGGCAUGGAGCGAGGGAGUGCGGGAGGUGGUGAAAGGUUCUGUCAGCACCGAACCCAUGCUGGUGGUGAGGAUGCAGGACUGCCACAACAGCUCUGAGGUCUGAGCCAUAAAUGCAUGAAUUGGACAGACGGACACACAGAAUACGUGGGAGGAGAUUUUAUAUAUUCCUUUUCUUUUUCUGAGUUACUUUUACAACACCAAAAACAUUCAGUUGAGCAAAUGAUCUUAGAGUGUGCCUGUUAAUGUUACCACUGAACUGAAUUCACGUGAGUGCACUCAGUACAGCACCAUCAUGCCAUGUUUUUAUUUCUCAUUUCAGCUUUUGCUGUUAAAACCAUAAUGUUUUUCAUCUUGGGUAAAGACUUUAUUGUGUCUAAAAGUGCCUGAAGAAACUAAUCCUUCAGGACAGUCGACCCCAGUGUUCAUAGGGAUGAUGCAGACUAAGUGAAAAAUACAUUGUUGGAGGAAUGUUUUCAGUAUGAAAACCUUCAAUAAAAACAAGAAGGAAUCACAGUAUCUCAGUAUCAACACAAAAGUUUUAAGCAGAAAUGUCAUACCAUGAUUCAAGUUUUUUUUUUUAAAUUUAAAAUCAAAAGCAACAAC